ACACUUUCAAAGUUCCAAUAUCCGCAAGUCCAACUUACAAGAUUUCAGUUUUGUUAACAGCCAGCCAGUCCUCAAUCUUUUAGUAAUCCUCAAACAAAUAUUUAACAUUCACCAUGUCAUUGUCGGGCGCAGAAACCGCAACCUCAAUCCACUCAAUCGUUUGUACGGCGUUUAGAAACUUAGCCGACUUUUGCAGUGAGAGGAUAAUCACCAAUCGCAACCCCAACCAGGCGACUCCAUCGAUCGAUCACAUCAAUACCCAACGAGCUCUACUGACCGACAUGCAAACACGCCUGUUGCCCUCGUUGAUCCAACACCUCGAAGCUUUACUGGUAUCACAAGAUCUCUUUCGCUCUGUCGAAACACCACAGCCGAACCUACAAGCCACCCUCGAGAACCUAUCCCAGCUCAAAGAAACCGUGACACAAAUCAAAUCUUCCUUCGUCAGCAUCCGCCAGGCAGCCCAAGUACCCGAGAGCGAGGAUGGCCGGUGCGGAUGUCUGAAAAGGCACAGGCUUGGCGCGAUCAUGGUCAAAAUUCACUAUACGCUACGUUACCCCUUAACACUAGUACUCGAGGAUCACCUGGCGUUUCUUGAACGAUGGAAGGACUCUCAAGAAGAGGAGAAGAUGCGGAUCCAGCAAUCGGUAUACAGAGAUAACGCUGCAGUCUUCCAUUUCGUUCAGAUCAUCACCCAUGCGUUCCAUGAAUCCGAGCUUUCAAUCCUUCAAGCGGUUUGGCAAGCCGCAUCCUAUGGCCUCGAACACUCCAUCGAAUACUUGACCGACCAGAUCAAUGCGAACCUCGAUCGAUCAAACGAACAUCGAGCUGAGAACGAUCGAGCUGAGGUUUCGAGGCAACCCCAUCUAGACGAUCGACCAGCCCAGCUCGGCCCUUCCGGCGACACCGACGGUCAUCAGCAUGAUCAACAACAUGCAAAUUAUGUCCUUGCAAGCCCCAACUCUGUCAUCGAUCAUCAACAAUCUGCGAAUGUCCUUCCAAGCGCCAACUCGGCCGUCGAUCAUCGGCCUAGACAAUCUACAAAUGUCCUUCGAAACCGAGCACCGCAAGAAGAAAUCAGUAUGAAGCCAUAUGUCGUCAAGCUUGCCCAAUCAGUACUGCCGCUCGUCAAGCUCAGCAAACUCCUGCUGAAUAAACUCUGCCUGGCACCAUCGUACCAAGCACCCUUCACGAUCGAGGACCAAAUGAGUUCGACUCAAUUCAACUCGUUGCGCAAUGACACGGCGGAUUUCUUCAGCGACUUACACGAGAUGGUCGCCAUCCUGGUCGAGGUGUGUCGCGAUUUCCGGGCCAGUAGGGCCACUAUCGUGGAUGUGGAACAUCAACUGCAGCGCUCUCUUCUUACCUUCGAUCGCUGUAUGGAGGCACUACGGCUUCGUCUCGUGCCCUGCUCGUCUGCCGAUCACUUCCAACAGCCCUCAACCCCUCUGCCGGAAGCCGAAAAACAUCGGCUCAACGAGUGGUUCGCCUUGUUCAUCGAUCAAGUCCGCUUGGCUGCUCAAAACUUUAGAGUCGAGAUGGGAAUAUUUGAAAGAAAGAUCAUGAAUCCAUCCAGCGAAUACUAAUCUCUUAUAUCUAUAUAACACUCGUUUUCUUUUCUUAUACAAAUCAUCACUAGCAAGUAAUAUACCAAUGCAAGAAUUAUACAAGCCAGUUCUUUUUAGCUUUAUUGUAGACCUCCAUCGCUCCAAAACAAAACGAAAUACGCUCUACAUAAUAAGCUACUUAAAGAAGCGUGACCACAGCCUCCAUGAAGAACUAGGAAGAGCUGGGUCCACCUCACCCUUCUUUCCCAUCCCCGAUCCCACCCUUCCUCAUUCAAUCGCUAUUCUACAUCCCCAUGUUUUUUUUUGUUUUGUCGAUCUGUUUCUUUGCUUCAUAAACUGCCAAUCUCCGAUGUUUUGAUGUGGUCCUGACAGGAUCUUGCAUCUCAAUUGUUAUGUAUACCCGAGCUUGAUCCUAUGUACACAUUCAUAAGUUGUAAUUCAUCUUCAAGAUAUUUUAGUCUGUCUGUCAAUAACCAUCAGUCGGAGAUGAUUCAUGAGAUAACAAGGAGUCAAGUUGGAGCUCUG